AUUUAGGAUUUUAUAAUUUAAAUGACAAGCCAACAGCAAAAAUGAAGUUUCAUUAUAAAAUGGAAUCAGUGCUCAUAGGUAUAACUGCCUUAUUUUGUACAAUAUUAUUUUUGAAACUCCUUCACAACUUGCGAUCAGCGUUUCCCUGGCGAGUUAAUUGUUGGUUUUGCAACAUUAACACUUGGGUAAAAUUCCCUGCCCGCAAUAGCUGGUUUUGUCCAAAAUGUGAACAGUACAACGGUUUUACGAAGGAUGGUGACUAUAAUAGGGUGCUCAAUUUACCUGUGGAGGAGGCAUGCAAGACCCCCAAUAUGUUUAAAAAGAGUCCUCCAAAGAAUGGCCUUUGUAAAAUGUGUAAUAUAAACCAGCAACUCAAGGUGACACAGUUGGCUAAUUUUGUUCCUAUGAAUGAGAAGAAUUUCGAUGAUGAAAUAGAAUCAUAUAAGUUACAAUUAGAAAAGGCAUACAAAUUGUGCAGUCCUUGUAAAAGAGUGCUACAACACAAGUUGAAUAAAGAAAAAGAAACCUUCUUAGGUUCAAAACUGUUGGAAACUAGGACACCUGAAAAGAAACUAGAGAAAAAGCAACAAAAUAAUAAUCAAAUUUUGAGUAAUCUUAUAAAUGGUUCUUCCGAAUUGUUAGCAGUAAUAUUAUUUGUACUCGUAGCAAUUGAUGUCAUAGAUAAUAUAAAAAAACACAAAAGUUUAUUGACAACAAUGCACUAUAUUAAGAAUAUAAUAUUUACCCUAUUUGAGAGAGUAUUUAAUAUUAUCAAAAUGAAGGCAUUUAUGACAUUCCCGAUUCUAGAAAAUAGUUUAUACGACAUGGAUCAAGUAGAAAGUAUUGACAUGUUACAAUAUUUUAAAAUAGAAAGUAUAUAUUAUUUUAAUGAUUUGACUCAGAAGAUAUUAAGUUGUUUUGUAUGUUUCAUACAAAUUGUUGGUGUCAUUUUGAAAACGAGUAAAGCAAACUAUAGUAUGAUGAUUGAUUUGCUUUGGUUAGUUUUUACAAUUACGUCAAUAAGUCAUAAGUCUAUUAAGUUGGAUCCUAUUUACAAGAGUUGUUUCAAUUUGCUGAUCAUCUCUGGACUUAUUUUGUUGUAUAGAAAAAUGAAAUCAACGAAUAAUAAAACAUCCUUAAAGUUGAAAAUGAGUCCACAAAAAGUGAAAAAACCUACGAUGGGAACAUUGAAUUGUUUUUUGAACGAUGAUAGCAUGUCUCUCGAUACAGACGAUGAUGUAUCACUCAGUAAAUUCGGAUUAAACAACUUGGCAGAUUCCUCAAAUGAAUCUAUAACUUUAAACAACAGUGUAAAUAAUGGAAGAUCAUUCAGUCCACGGACAGAAAGCGUUUGGAGCAAGACGAAAUUAAACUCAACAUUUUGUGUCAAUCCCGUGUUAAAUAAAAGUAUGAGUUCCGUUACCGAUAAUGUGUUCAUAAAGCCAUCUUUUAAUAAAUACCAUAAUCCGGUUAAAAGUGAUUCGGAUGUUGAAUUAGAUGAGAGCAUCAGUUCUUUAUCUAUCGGUCCCAAAAAUGGUAACACGAAAAGUAAUCCAGUUUUUGGUUUGCGCAAGUUAAAUGCUACGCCAUUCGUGGCUCCGACGCCGAUAGCUAGGUCUCGCCCUCUUAUAUCUCCUAGUAAAUUAGGAUACAGUACUUCCUGGGUCGCCGGCGGAUACUGGGGUAACGAGGGUCAGAUAUUUAACAUAAACGGUAGUCGAUCUUCCAGUCAAAGCUCCGGGUUCGAAUCUCAGACAUCGAGUAUGAACCAGCGCAAUCUGUUUUCGCAGCCUCCAUCUCGGGAGGAAUCAAUUUGCGGUGAACUAGACAGACAACCGAUACAUUUAGAUCGUUUGCAGAACUGUAACACGAAUUAUUUCCAAAACUCUUCAAGUUUCACUCCGAUCUGUGGACCCGUCUUCCCACAAAUGCAGUAUAAUAGUCAUGUACAAAUACCUCAGCCGAGAAUGUCUCAGCAGACCAUGUCCCAGAACGUAUUUGCCCGACGGGCGGGCUGCCCUACCAACGAUAUGUUCAAAGUGCCCGGCGGCUCGGGUCUCAUUAGAUUACCUCAAGAGAACUCGUUCGCGUCGCGCUGAUGUCAACAAUAGUCGACAUGUUAUAUUUAAAUUAAGUUGUUUUGUUUUAUCACUACGAUCGACUUUAACUUAACUUCAUAAACUGCCAUUAAUUUAAGAAUCUUAUUAAGUUAUAUCACGUGCAUUAGUAUGUAAGCGGUUACUAGAUGUAUGUUUGAAGGUAAACUUAGAGGUAAGGUCAUGCUGAUCUCGUGUCUGGAGCCGGCGGUGGAAUGUGAAAGCAUUAAGAAUUAUUGUAUUGUUACAAUUUUUAUAUGGACGUCACUUGUCCUCUUCUUGAACAAAAUGUGAUAUGUAAAGACUAAUAA